UGUCUGGUGACGCUUCCCGAUCAGCCAAUUAUUGGCUUGUUGGUUGCUAGGCGGGCGUGCCUCGGUUGCCGUGGUAGCGGGAGUGUGCGGCGGAGCGACACAUAGAGGGGGAAACAUGGAGGAUCUGGAAGACAACAUAUCCCCUGCUGAUCUCAGGCCCUGUAAAAUAUGCGGUAGAACAUUUCUUCCUGCUACUUUGAAAAAACAUGUUCCUAUUUGCCAAAAAGCAGGUGUUAAGAAAAGGAAAGUUUUUGACUCCAGCAGGCAGCGAGCAGACGGAACGGAAAUUUCUACUGUCAAACCAGUAAAACCACGGCCAGAACCUCCAAAGAAGCAAUCCAACUGGAGGAGGAAGCAUGAGGAUUUCAUUUCUACUAUUAGAGCUGCUAAAGGACUCACCCAAAUUAUAAAGGAAGGAGGGGAACUUCCACCUCCACCUCCACCUUCAUAUGAUCCUGAUUAUGUCCAGUGCCCAUACUGUCAGAGGAGGUUUAAUGAGAACGCCGCUGACAGGCACAUCGUUUUCUGCAAAGAACAAGCCGCUCGCAUAGCCAAUAAAGGCAAAUUAGGCGGAGAUGCGAAAGGGAAAGCAAUUCCACGGACUCAGAUCAAGCCCCCUACUCUUAAGAAGACUAAUUCCCCUGCGUCUGUGUCCUCAACAAAUUCUCGCUUGCCACAACCACCUAAUAUUGGUAAACCCGCUUCAGGUAUACCUUCAGCAAAGCCAGCAUCUGGCAGUGGAACAGCAAUAAAUCGUUAUCAGCCAGCCUCCCCUGGAAAUAAAAACUCCACCAUUGCAAAUCCUCAGAUGGGUAAAAUUGGUACAGUAGGCCCACCUCUGCGGACAGGAAGAGAUUUACAAAGCCUGAAUGACAGUAACCCUAAAGCAGACAGUUGCAGCCCAAGAUCUAAUGACUUGCUCCCAAUUAACAAAGGUACAAUUAAGUCAAAGACACCGCCAAGUUUGGCCAGAAAUCCGCCGUCAGCUGCAUCUGCUAACAAAAGGAAAACCUACAAUGCUGAAAACUACACCAGGCCUGAUGGGAAGACCGGAUACGGUGUUGUGGACCAUUCAGAGAUUGUUAAUGGUGAACGUAUAAAAUCUGAAGAUAAGAAUGGGUCGGGACAGCUUUCCAAGUUCUGUCACGAAUGUGGCACGAAGUAUCCUGUCCAGUGGGCAAAAUUCUGCUGCGAAUGUGGAGUAAGGAGGAUGGUUCUUUGAUUAUCUCAAAUGACGCCAAACGCAUCUAGACUGCACACAUGUACUAAUAAAGUAUAAUCCUGGGCUUGCUGUUGCUGGAUAUAUAACGCAUAAUCUAACUGGAGCAUUGCUGUGCCCAUGGGCAAACUGUUAGUCGAUAAUGAAGUUGCCAUCAAGGUAAUUUUUAUAGGUUACUGGAUAUAUGAGGGAAAUUAAAACAAGGGUAACUAUACUAAAAUAUCAAAUCAAAGCUUUAAACCAGUGAACUAAUCGAUAAGC